ACCGCGCGAUGUGCAGCACCACGCUCGCAGCACUACGCCGUCACACGUUGCACUUACGCGCCUGACAUGACCCGACAACAGUGAACUACCAAUUUGACAUUUUAGUUUUUUUUUUCUCAGCGACUAAUUUAUUUUUUUAAUGUGAAGUGCAGUGCCGCCGCCAGGAUUGCGCGGUUUCGGAUUUAAUUAGAAAAGUCGUUGGCUAAGAAGGUUUUGUUACGCGUUACGAUCGUCAGUUCGAACACAUGACUCCAUAAUCCGCGCGACACAAACGUUAUCAUAAUCAGACAAGAUGGUGGACACGCAGCACUUUUGCCUGCGCUGGAACAACUACCAGAGCAGUAUCACCAGCGCCUUUGAAAACCUCAGGGACGACGAGGAUUUCGUUGACGUCACCCUCGCUUGCGAUGGCAGGAGCCUCAAAGCUCAUAGAGUCGUGCUGUCCGCCUGCAGCCCUUACUUCAGGGAGCUUUUAAAGUCGACGCCAUGCAAGCACCCAGUGAUUGUGCUCCAAGACGUGGCCUUCACGGAUCUGAACGCGCUCGUCGAGUUCAUCUACCACGGCGAGGUGAACGUGCACCAGCGCAGCCUUUCAUCCUUCCUCAAGACCGCCGAGGUCCUGCGCGUCUCCGGACUCACGCAGAAUGAUGACGCUCAAGGGCCGCUCCUCCAGAACUUAACGCGCGCCGCUGCCGCAACGGUGUCGUCUCCACGCACGCCUCCACAUCCCGUGCACACGCCGCACACACCGCACACACCACAUACCCCGCACACGCCCGGCUACACCGACAAGCUGGAGGAGGCACUGUUGUCGCACCCGCCGGCCGCGCAGGCCCUGCUGCGUCGCGCCCCACCGCCACCGCGCCGCCUCAGCCGCUCCGCCGACAACUCGCCCGACGUCAUCAAGCGCAUCCGCCACGACAACAAUAACGACCAGCCGCAGAUACACGCCGCCGACUUCUCCACUAAGAACCACUCGAUGGUGAACAACGCGCGCGCGCACGACCAGGGCAAUGGGAACGGCAUCUCCAACUCUUCCUCUUCACCCUCCCCGCGCCUCGAGGACGUCAAACACGAGCCCAUUGAUAUGAUCUGCGCCUCCAACGCGGACCUGGACCGCAGCGCUGACGAUACACCGCCGCACUCGCAUCACCGCUCCAUGGGCGGACCUCCGUCGCGUGGCAGCUCGGCAGAAGCCGACGACCGCACGCCACCGCCGCAAUUGCCGCCCUCGCCUUUCAUACCGCCGGCCGACACUAAGCUCUUUGCCCCAUCCAACACUUACAACUUCACCAUGGCGGCUCUCACUGAACAUUCAUCUUUGACCGGUCUGCCGAGCCCGCUGGCACCCGACGGCAUGGCCAGCACGUCUCAAGGUGGCGCCCGCACCCCCCAGGAAGAUUACAGAUGCGAGCCCUGUAACAAGAGCUUGUCCUCCCUGACACGGCUCAAACGGCACAUUCAGAACGUUCACAUGAGGCCCUCGAGGGAGCCCGUCUGUAAUAUUUGCCGACGGGUAUACUCCAGCCUGAAUAGUCUGAGAAACCACAAGUCGAUCUACCACCGCAAGCAGCAACCGCCCUCCGCCACCGGACAGGGCCCCUUCUACCCCGUCAAUUGACGCCCGUCACAUCCGUCGCCGAUUACGUUGCCAUUCGAAGAACUAAAGCUGCCAUCCUUUACCACCUAAAACGCCAUAGUCUUGCCCUUAGAAAAUUGUUAAGUUUACGAAAACAGAUUUGUAAAGCGAUAUGUUCCUAACAUUUGUACAUAGCAUAGUUUUACGUGUACUUUGCAUGCGCACCGCCAGGCUACCCUAUAUAAUUUGUCCUGAGGUCGUUACUAAAACCCAAGGCAGGCGCGAACGUACCGCGCGGCCGCCCCGGCGCCGGCGCGCUACGCUCACGCCCCUCUCUGGAACCAAUUGGAACUAUAAUCGGUACACGCAUAACCACCAACUUUAAAAUUUAAUUGAGCGCAUUAGUCAAAUUCGAUUGAUCACGUUAAAUUGCCUCUACAAGCCAUGUCGGUUCGCUAAAUUGCCACCUAACAGAGUGGCGCUAAAUCGUGCCAAUUGGUUCCGAACGAAUGGGACCCGUUGGAGCUUCGCAGUGGUGUUGGGACCUAUGGCCCCGACGUGGGGGUCGGUUGACUAAUGCGCUAAUGUUGGUUGUUAUGUGUGGCGCAGUGGGCCCCCUGGGCGCGGGGCACCGCUGCGAGGU